GGGGAUGCAGUUGUCAUGGAGAUGGACCAGGCUCAUACGUGGGUUGGCGGCGGUGCGGUUGCCAUGGAGACGGUGGCAGGAGCUGCUCUUCCUGCAGCCGAGCGGCGCGGACAGCAGCACUACGCGCUCAUCGUGAUCGGAGAGAUUUCAGCAGAGCAUCAGCUGUGGAAGGUGAAAGAGCGCAUAAAGCAGGGGCUCCGCUCUUGGCUCAUAGAUCUGACAACCUGCGACCUGAACCAGGAGCUGCAGCUCUUUGAGACGAAGCACUCGGCCCACUUCUCUUCAGAGGUCAAAGGACAAAGACUUCUGCAGUACAAGAGUGAUGCCCUUGAGACAGUUGUGUUGGUGAAUCCAUCUGAGGACAAUAUUGCGAUAGAGAUCAGAACACUGCUGUGUGACUCAGCCCAAUACAAGUUAUUUGUCCUCGGCGGUCAGAGCACCGAACAAGGUGACAUCAUCCUACAAAGUGGUGUCUUUGGCUGGAAGAAUUUCUCUGACAUCAUCACAAGUCAAAGAAUUAAAGACUUCCUGAGCCAGUCACUUCCAGGAGAGCGAGCGUGUCUGACUGUGUGCUGUGCGGUAGAGGGGGCCUGGAGCUCCCUGGAGCUCAACCAGGAGCAGUACCUGCUGGACAUUCGACUGAACCCUGAGCCUGUGCUGCCUGAAAUGGAGGGCGUGACAGAGUUUACAGAAUAUGUCUCUGAGACGGUGGAUGUCCCUUCCCCCUUUGAGCUACUGGAGCCACCCACCUCAGGGGGGUUCUUGAAGUUGUCCAAGCCAUGCUGCUACAUCUUCCCUGGAGGCAGAGGUGAUUCGGCGCUGUUCGCGGUCAAUGGCUUCAAUAUUUUGAUUGAUGGCGGUUCAGACCGAAAAUCUUGCUUCUGGAAGCUGGUGCGACAUUUGGAUCGGAUUGAUUCCAUUCUCCUUACCCACAUUGGAGCAGACAAUCUCGCUGGGAUAAAUGGACUGUUGCAGAGGAAAAUUGCAGAGCAAGAGGAGGAACAAUCCCAAGGCUCCAAUGCCUAUGGGGAUUGGAUGAAAAACCUGAUCUCACCCGAGCUUGGUGUGGUGUUCUUCAAUGUUCCAGACAAGCUAAAGAUGUCAGAGCCAACACUGAAAGUAAAGAGGAGUAUCGAGGAGGCCUCACUGACCUUGCAGUACCUCACCAAGCUGGGAAUCAGGCCUGAGCCGCUGCAUCGUGUUGUUAGUAACACAAUUGAGCCCGUCACACUUUUUCACAAGCUGGGUGUCGGCAAAUUAGAUAUGUACAUCCUGAACCCUGUCAAGGACAGUAAGGAAAUGCAGUUCUUCAUGCAGAAGUGGGCAGGUAACAGUAAGGCUAAGACUGGCAUCAUCUUGGCGAAUGGAAAAGAGGGAGAAAUUUCUGUUCCAUACCUCACAUCAGUAACGGCCCUUGUUGUCUGGGUUCCUGCCGGCCCUACCGAAAAGAUAGUGAGAGUUCUGUUUCCUGGAAAUGCCCCACAGAACAAAAUUUUUGAGGGCCUUGAAAAGCUACGACAUCUUGAUUUUUUGCGUUAUCCUGUUGCGACUCAAAAAGACAUAUCAUCUGGAGCUCCCCCUCCAGUCAUUAAACAAACUAAACUGAAGCCGAGGACCGAUAGCAAAGAAAGUCUCAAAUCUUCGCCCAAAAUGCAUGCCAGUACUAAAGCAAGCAAAAAAGAGGCAAAUGAAGACAUUGAGUCAAAGAGUGACUCUGUAAAGGAGAACAAAGUUGAAAAGAAGCCGAAGAAAUUGAAGGAGAGUGUUAAAACUCCUAAACCUGUGAAAGCCCAAACAGAUACGAAGGAUUCAGUAAAACAAGAGAAAAAGAAAUUGUUGAGAGAGAAAUCUCCUAAAAAGCAUGACAAAGAUAAGACAUCUAAAAUGGAGGAAAAGAAAGAUAAAGAAAAGACAGAGAUUAAGAAAGAAAAGAGGGAAGUGAAAUCUUUUAGGAAAGAUGACAAUAAAGAAUCCAAAAUGAAGGAAGAAAAGAAGACAGAUGCAAGUAAGCCAGAGCUAAGGAAAAUCACUAAGCCUGAUUUGAAGCCUUUCACACCUGAGGUCAGAAAGACCCUGAAUAAAGCAAAGGUUCAGGCAAGGCCAAAGAUGGAAAAAACAAAAGCAGUCAAAGAGCAAGAGAACAGGCCUGCUGCUCAACAGGUUUCAAAGGAGAAACAGGAAAACGACAGAUCCCUGGUUUCAUCCCCAGAAGACCUCACCAAGGACUUUGAAGCACUGAGACAAGAAGAAAAGCUCUCUGAGAGCAAAGUGCUCCAAAAUACUGAAUCUACAGUUUUUCCUGAUGCAAAGGUCCCUCAUAUUGAGUCCACUGAUGAAGGAAUAACCACCACUGAUGCUGGGACUGAAUCCCCUCAUGAGGAAAAACAACCCUAUGAAGAAAAAACAAGUAAAUCCCCAACAAAGAGUGAAAAGAAAUUUGAGGAUGAAGGUGCUGGUACAGAAGAAGACAAGGAGAAGGAAUACAAAAUAACAAAAACAACAAAUGUUUCAGAAGUCACUGGGAAGGCAGAUGAGAAGAAAUGGCAAGACACGAAGGAGAAAGAGGAGGAUUUUGAAAAGAAAACAAAAAAGAGUGACAGUGAGGAGGAAGAGGAUGUUAUUGAGAAGGCUGAGCUGGAGGAAGCAGAGGAUAUAGUUCAUGAUGACGAGCUGAAAUGCAAGUAUGAGGCAGCCAAGAAAGAAAAACCCGACAAGGACUGGGAUGCCAAAGAGAGUGAGACUAAAUUAGUUAAACCUGCCGGAGCCAUCGAGCACAUCUCUUUCAUCCAAGAUGAGACCAUUCCAGGCUACUCCGAGACUGAACAGACCAUUUCUGAUGAGGAGAUACAUGAAGAUGCAGAAGAUAGGAUUCCUCAUCUCAGUUAUGAUGUCGGCUCAUAUGACAUUUCCGUCCCUGAUGAGCCUGGCUCUUUUGACACCAUCCAUGGUGUAAAAGAGAUAAAACCCCCAUCAGUAUCUGUUCCAUCUGAUCUAACAGCUAAAGGAAGUAGCGUGGGCCAAGAGCCAGCUUUAUCAGCUUUUGCCACCAAUAUUAUUGCGGCACCAUUGGCUGAAGAGGAACACAUAUCCUCAGCCACCUCCAUUACAGAGUAUGAUAAACUAUCCUCGUUCGCAACAUCUGUCACUGAAGAUCAGUCUAUUGCAUCUGUGACAGCUCCUCCUACUGAGGAUGCAGGGAAAAGCUCCCUGCUCUUGGACACUGUCAAUAGCAUACCAUCAUCUAGUCGCACAGAAGGAAAGGAGUAUUUACACUCAGCUGGCACAAUCUCUCCAACAUCAUCUUUAGAAGAAGACAAGUGCUUUAAGUCACCUCCAUCAGAAGAGUACCAGCCACUUGUUCCAGAACUGGAAGCUACCGUAAAGCCCACCACUCAAGCACAUGAAGAUGAUGAUGAGGAUGAAGAAGAGGACGAAGACCAGACACCAAAUGUUGACGUGCCUCUCGGAAAACUGCAUGAAGGUUAUGCAUCCGCUGCAAUGCAAGACCAAGAGCAAGCUUCUGAUAAGUCCCCCUCCCCAACUGCUCAUCUGUCCUCACCUAUCACACAAAUGAAGGAUGAAAAAGUGACUCACGUUGCUCAGGAUGAGCCGACAAAAGCAGAAGUUGUUGAGAAACCUGUACCUUCUGCACCUUUCUUCUCCAGCACUCCAGAAACAAGUGGAACUUCAGAACUAGAGGAGAGGUGUCUGAGCCCAGAUGAUAGCACCAUGAGAAUGGCCUCACCUACACAGUCAGGUCCUACUAGCAGUGGUUACUCCCCUACUGAGGAGAAGGCACUGAAGUCCGUAACUUUGGAGAAAGAAGACAUGCACGACAUUCAAAUGUUUGCAAAACAUGAGACAGUACCAUUUGGCGAUGCUAAUAAGAAGACAGCAUCUGUGAAAAUAAUGGAGGAUGAAGGUGACCCAUUCAAAAAGGUCUUUUUGAGCACGAGGGCGACGUUUGAUGAUUCAGGUGAAGAAGAGGAGGAGGAGGAGGAGGAAGAAGAAGAAGAAGAAGAAGAUGACUAUUAUAAGAAGCAAGAUUUUACGACCUGCAGUAAAACUAAAUACAAGGAAGAGAGGGAGAGCACAUUCCUGGAUGAGGAAUAUACAUGCGAGCCACAGUCUCUAAAAGAGGAGAAGCUUUUUGGAAAAGAGAAAGAGGAAGCAAAGACGGAACAGAAACCACAGGAUGUGACCCAUUUGGAGAAAGAACGCAAACCCCAGAUGCUCGGCUUUGAGGAGGAGGAAGAUAGUGAAGCUGAAGAUUGCACUUACUCGAGUGUAAAAGGGCCUCAGGGCAAGUUAGAUUCAGUGUCAGUAGGCCAAGGCAAAAAAGAUGUGUCAUUCUCAGAGAGAGAUGACACAACAUUGACCUCCAAAGAUAGCGAUAAAAGCGUACAUUUCAACUUGUACUCCUUCCCUGAGCAUGAGAAGGGUCAUAAGGAAGAAUAUGUGCGGGAAAUAAGGCAAGAUACACCUUAUGUUGGUAAGAGUUUUACGUAUUCCGAUGUAUAUGACAGUAAAUCUAGUUCAGUGGAUAGUUCAUACUCUCCUAAUGUACCAAAGGACUUCAUGGACAAAUUUGAUGAGGAUGAUGGCAUCCUGGAGGACACAGAGAAAAAAGAUAGCACAUAUAGUGCCAAAACUGUAGAAACUACAAAGAUGUCAGAUUUUAAAGAAUCUCCUCUAAAGGAAGUGUCUUCAUCAUUAUUCAGUGAACCGAAAAACACAUAUGGGGCAUCAUGUAUGGGUGAUGUUUCAGAAGAAAAAUCUAGAGAUAAUUUGGCUAAAGCUGAACCAGAGAUUGCUGAAAAAUCCUCACAUUCCUUCUUGCCAGAAAAAGACCCCUUUUCUAUUAAGUUUGGUCAGCCUACUGUCAGUGGAAAGACAGAAGUGAGUGCUGCACCAUCAGGUGAUUAUCUAGAUGACUUCACUGCUUCUGGCUUUUCCACAGUAACUAGCAGUCCUGCGGUAGCUCAGUCUUUUGGUGAUGUGAAAGGAGCAACUGCAAAAGAUAUGAAGAUGCUAGCACAUGGUGAGGAGGACGAUGAGGAAGAGGAGGAGGAGGAGGAAGAAGAAGAAGAUGAGGAUGAUGAUGAAAUGUAUGGAAGACGUGUCAGUGACAGUGACCAGGAGAAGGGUGCCAAAGACAGAUCAGAAAAAGAAUUCAGCUCAUUUGGUGGUGCCAUCUGCGCAGUGCCUCCUGAAUUCAAGGAGGAAAAGAAGGACCCUUUACAAGACUAUGGCUUGAGUUCUGACAGUUAUGGCAAACCCCCAGCUCCUACUUCAUUUGAAUCCACUGGGAGCCAUAAGAGCCUUGAGGAACCAUUCAAAGUGGCUAAAGAUAAAGCCUCAUCUCUAUUCUCUGGCAGCCAGAUGACAGACUAUUCCUGUGGGUAUGAAUAUUCUUACAGUAAGGAGAAAGAUUCUUUUCCAUCCACCAAGUUUGAAGAGAAGGCAAAAAAGGAUGACAGCUAUGACCAGUCUUACAUACCCAUCUCCACAAAGCCAAGUGACAAUAAACACCAUCAUGAUGAGAAAGACAUUGAAUUUGAGAAACAAAAAACACCAGAUGUUUUAACCAAAAAGCCUGGAGACUCAGUCUCACCAGGCUUCAAUUAUGCAACUGCAACAGCCACUUCCUACUCUUCCUCUUCCUCCUACAGCCACUCUUCCUCUGCUUCUGCCUCUCUCUCUACCAGCCGCCAGUUUGUAGAUGAGCUAGAGACUCCUGCCAGUGCUGGAUAUGAAUAUUCGUCCUUCAAAGACGAACAUUCUCUUGUGAUGGAUUCACCCUUCUCCAGUUCUGGUGGGCUGAUCAAAGAUGAAUAUUUAGAAGUGUCAGAGAAGCUGACUCCAGCCACCACCACAGCUGAGUCCACCUCUAGCCUUGCGAGGUUUUCUCCAUUGUCGCCUUUUGAAGAGAUCAAGCCUUUCCCUUCUCACUCAGUCCCAUCUGUAGAUGAUAAAAGGGAAGAACUUGCCAGCUCUGCCAGUGGUGCUUUGGACAAGGGUCCACAGGGUGCAUGCUUCUACAAGCCAGAAUGGGUGGAUGAUACAAAUUUACAGGCUGAAUAUGGUGCUACUGGGCCUCUGUCCCAGGCUGCUGAGAAGGACCCCUUGACGAAAGCCUUGUUUGGUGCUUCUUUACCACCUCAUGCUGAUGUCCCUGAGAAAAAGUAUUAUGAAGACACAGAGAGUAGCGAAGAGGAGGAAGAUGAUUACAUGUGCGAAACAGAACAAGACAAACUACAGUACCAAAGAUCGCCAUUCACAGUCCAAUCGGACAAGAAAGAUAGUCCUUUUUCCUUGACGGAGAAACUAACCAUGGACACAUCUGCCAGUAAGGUAGGCGCACUCCCAGAUGUGCUUACCUAUACUUCUUCAGUGCCACAGUCUACAAAGCCAGAUACUGCAAAUGGUCCUGCAGAAAUCAGCAUGACGGCACCAGAUGCCUUUAGUGGAGUAAGUAAGCAAACAUCAAGCCUGUCAAAAACCGAAGUGAAAAGUGAGGAAUUUGAAGCUGGCAAGGUUAGAAGUCCCUUUGAAUGGGAAAUAUUGCAGCAAAGAGGUGUCUACCCAGGGGCUUCACCUCCUCACUAUCGCCAUGAGGAUGAGUAUGAAGAAGAAGAGGAAACGGAACCUGAGCACCCGCCCCGUCCUCUUUCCCUCGCAUCUGUGGAUCAAUCUUUUCCAUCCUCCUACUAUAAAGAAGAUCCAGGCAGGAAGGAUGACUCGGAUCAUCCUCCUGAUGUGUGUAUGGGUGCCAGCCCCUUCUCCUCUUCAGCUUCACCAGGUUACUCAUCCUCAGAGUACAAGCAGAGGAAAGGAGACACCUCCCCAUCAUUCAUCAACCCAAACCUUUGCCAGCUAUCCAGUGACGAGGACGAUGAGGAAGAAAGAAGUCAGGAUGCCGAUCAGCAGCAGCCUUCAGGCAAGACAAGGUACCACAACCAACCUCACCAUCGUUCUCAUAGGGAGGAUAGUGAAUCGCAGCACCUCUCAGGAGCAGCAGCUGCAGAUAUGGGCCUAGCUGGAGAGGACACGCCCCCAACCUCUGUCAGCGAAUCACUGCCCUCACAGACAGAUUCUGACGUUCCACCAGGAACUGAAGAGUGUCCGUCCAUCACAGCCGAAGGCAAUGUGGAAUCUGAUGAGGAUGCAGAUUACCUGCCUGUAGAUAAGUCAUCUGGAGCCUAUGGGGGAAAACAUUAUUCAUCUAGGUCUUCAGAGAAAAACCACGAUCCACUGCCCUCACCCAUGAUGGAUCCGGCACCUUAUCCCCCUCAUCCUGAUGUAUGCAUGGUAGACCCAGAGGCACUGUCCAGCCUGACUGACAAAUCCCUCAAGAAAGAUCCCAAGACAAAGGGCCUGCGUAAAUCAGGCAAAUCAAAGUCUCCAGCCAGGAAGGCUGACACCAGACAUAAAAGAUCCCCGUCGAAGGACUCAUCUCCUCGCACCACGUCUCUGAAGAAGAAGGACAUAGAGGAUGAUGUGUCCAGGUCAAGUCACAACACGGGACGGGGACUUGUCAAUGGAAUUAAAAGUAUGUCAGUUUCAAACGCUGCGAAAUCCAGUUCCACUGCACCCCCUGGUGCUCCCAUCUACGUGGACCUGGCCUACAUUCCAAACCACUGCAGUGCUAAAAAUGUUGACCAGGAGUUCUUCAAACGUGUGCGCUCUGCCUAUUAUGUAGUGAGUGGAAAUGACUCCAGCAGUGGGGAGCCUAGCCGUGUUGUCCUGGAUGCUCUGCUGGAGGGAAAAGCACAGUGGGGCUCAAAUCUGCAGGUGACGUUGAUCCCUACCCAUGACACCGAAGUGAUGAGGGAAUGGUACCAGCAGACUCACGAGAAGCAGCAGGAGCUGAAUAUCAUGGUCCUGGCCAGCAGCAGCACUGUUGUAAUGCAGGACGAGUCUUUCCCUGCCUGUAAGAUCGAGUUCUAAAUCUGGCGUGGCUCCCAGGUUCACACUUUUCUCAAAUGGUUCCUUAUAGCCUUAUUUGUGGUUUAUUCAGUGCUCCAAACCCUUUGAUAGCAGUUAAAGUCCUCCACAGUUCCUGUUUGUCCAAAAACAGUCCUUGUUCUAAUGAUUCCCAAACUUCACUGAGCAUAUAAUUGAACAGCAAAAACACUAGGAGGAUGUGCCUUUAACUUUAACUCAAUUUUCAAGUUAGUAUGUCCCUUUAAGCCUGUAUGAGUAAGAAAUACAAUUGCAAUCUUCUUGAUCUGUUUUGGUCAGUUUGAAUGCUUUUUUUCUGCUAUUCUCAGAUCCCUGUUUUAACUUUAACAGUUAGAUUUGUCAAAGCACAAGCUUAGUUCUUGUUUUACAAUCUUAACUCUCAUUUAUUCCUAUCCGAUUUACACAUCAUUCUACUGACCUACACAUACACUCUCUGCCUAUGUCUCUCUCAUACAUACACACAUGCACUACACAGGCAAGCAUGUUUUAAUCAAGUUACCUCUCCUUCUGAAGCUAAUUACACCACCAGGGAUGUCCAGUCUUCUACACUUUUGACAGGUACAUUGAACACUAUCCAGAUGUCAUGCAUUCAGUACUUUAAGAAGCUUAUUCUGGGGCUGUGCUCUGUAAGUCAGUGGCUCACUUAGCUAAUAAUACUGUUAUACAGAGGCACAUGUAUUUGGGAAGUGGAGUUCAGUUCAGUUCUGCCUGCAUACCUUUAAUCAAGUCGAGAGGACCUCACAAGCCGAGGAAGAAUCAAGUAAUACGAGGCAAACCUCGCCAGACGUACUGUUUUCCGUCUUAAUGUAAAAGUGAAGAAUUAGGUUUAGAUGUAAGGUUAGGCUAAGUCCGUGUUUACUGAUGAAUAUUAACGUGCUGUAAGAGGUGUACACUAACAGAGCUAAUCAUUAUUUUUAGAUUUUACAGAAGAGCAAAGGGUCUUGUAAUUGUUAUUUUAUUACCUUGUACUUUUAAGUGUUUCCCAAUUGCAGAAUAUUCUCAUUAACUGCACUUUAAUUCCUCUCAUUUAAUUCAAUGCGUUGUAAAUAUGGCUAGCAGAUUUAUUAAUUUAACGGAGGUGGGAAAAGAAUGAGAGAGACUGUUUACGUCAAAGCCAAAGGAACAAGCAGUGGAAUAAUAAUUAUGAACAGUGACCGAUUUGACUUAUGAACGUUCUGAACUAUGUUAUGCUGUAGAAAGGGUGUAUUGCGUAAGGUUACAUGUAUGAGGCCGAGCUACGGCAAAGCUACAGUUUUAAGAACUACGUACAGUUUCAGGAUUUACUUUGUUUUGUUAGAUCAAUAAAAAGCACAUCUACCAACAUCUUAGCAGUAACUGCCAGGGCUUAUCUUAUCGUUGUUGAAGUCAGUACAAAUUGAUUAUAUAUAGGACAUUUGAUAGUAAAUCACAGUACUGUAAGGUUUAGACAACUUUUGCUAUUAGAACAAUGUGGUGGUUUUAUAUGUAUGUCUUCAUUGCUCAACAUAUUUCCCAAAUUAUUAUCCCCAAAAGCUGGAAGAGUCGCUAAUUUGCAUAUUUCCAAAAAUAUAUGCAGAUGAGCUAAAAAUCUAAUGAAAUAAACUAAUAUGGUGGUUGGGGAGGUUAUUAUCAGAAUGCAAGAUAUGAGUUUGGAUGAAGUUUGGCAAAGUUUAUGCCCUUAAAAAAGUAAAAUAAUAAUAAAAAAUAAAAAAUAUAGGCCUGUAUGAAAUGCAUGCAUCUAUAUUGCCAAGAGUCGACAAAUGAAAAUAAUACUGAUGAACCUGCUUUGAAGUAAUGCUUGAUUUUAAUGUGCUUAAAAGAAACUUUGGUGACAUGGGAUAUUCUGCAAGACAGUUCCCCUUCAGCUCUCUCUCACAAUACAUAACACACAUAUUUUUUUCAUUAUAAUACCAGAUGUGCGGUUCUGUCCAUGUACUCUAUGCCAGGGCCAGAUAGUGGGAUUUUAACCCAUUCAUGUCCAGUAUGGUAAAUAAAACGUCAAGUCUAAAGUCAUGAAAUGUUGUUAUAUAUUGGAUGAACAUCUGCUUUAAUUUGUUUACAUUUCAUUUCCAUACUUUUAUUCCAAAUAAAAGUUGGUUUGUGUAUUGUUUUGUUUAAAAUGAGUGACCAAAAGACUAAAUUUCAUGCAAUAAGUGGUUAAAAACUCACUUUUUUAGACAUAAACAUGGAUCUAAUUACAAGCUCAGAGAACAUAUGGACCAAAAGAAAAAGUAGGAUGCCUGAUAUGGACAUAAAUGGGUUAUUUUAUAUUAUUAGUUUGGUUUAUUUGUUUUGUUCAAAGUUUUAUUUUGCAAGAGCCAAGUAUACGUUAUUCUGGAUCAGACAAAUUGAUGAUUUAUUUCUGGAAAGGACCACAGAGCAUGUCCAGCUGUUCAGCAUGGGCCAUUUACAUCUAGCAGAGGAAAGGUGUCUGAACAGUUAGCUAGCUGUUUACUGUGAGCUAUAACUUUCGAGCUGCUGAUUAUUUUUGAAGUGCUAAGCGAAGACGCUCGCCGCUAACAUGUAACUCAUUGUCCUUAAUGUCCUUUUGAGUCCCCAUGGGCUUUAACUUGCAUUCAACCUUACAGAAGCAACAAAUUUUAGCAGACCAAACAAAGAGUACCACACAAACAUACCGACGUGUACCUGACUGCCAGAUCAAGUGAACAAAUCACUGAUCGUCUUUUAUAUUUAAGGUUUAUAAGUGUCUGUUUUUGAGAGAAAAUUAACAACUUUAAAAAAAAAAGAGAAAUCAUCAACGUGCCGUGCAAAGCAUCCAGUUGCAUUCUCAGAUUUCCAUAUCAUAACCGUAUCAAAUCAUUCAUAUACUGCAUUCCGUUCAGCCUAGCUAGUUUCUGCAUGUGAUCUUAAAUUUGAACUUGUAUGUUCUAGUUAAUAAUGAUAUUAAAUGAAGUGCUAUUUUAAAGAUGUAUAUUUAAAUGCUAAGUGUCUCAAUGGUCUCGAUGGCACAUAUAACCCGGCCGCUCUGUCAUUUUCUCUGUGCGUUGUUUUAAAGACAAUACUGUGUACUUUUUUCUUCAGAUUUCCUUCUCUUUUUUCUUUUGGUUUAGGUUAUUUUUGCUCUGUGUUUCUGUUUAUUCCUGUUUAUUUUAUGUGCAAUAUUCUGUAUCUUUAUUUAAAAUUUCUCUAAAUGUAGAAUAUCUACAGAUUUGUUGUAAAAGGGUAAACCUGGUGAUCACCAAUAAAAUACAGUCAAAAAAGUGA